AUGCGCGCGCUCGCCCCCUCGCGUCUCGCGGCGGUCGCUCUCCGCGCUUCCGCCCCCCGCCGCGGCGUCCGUCGACUCGCCCGCCCCGUCCGCGCGUCCGCUUCCGCGCGCGAUGGCGACGUCAUCUUCGACGCGUACGAGAUCUUAGACGUCCGCGACGACGCGACCGCGAUCGACAUCAAAGACCGGUAUCGCGACCUGCAAAAGCGCUUCCACCCGGACGUGUCCGGGGACGACCCCGAGGUCCUCGGUCGCAGCGCCGCGAUCAACCGCGCGUACGAACUCUUGAUCGACAAGGAUCGGCGGCGCGACCUCGACGACGCGCUCAUGCGCGCGAACGGGGGGAAACGCCGUGAUCGCGCGACGCACGGCGGCGGGCGCGCGAUCGCGAGCGCCUUCGGCCUCGUCGGCCCCCUCCGCGAGCGGCUCCUCGCGCGCAUGGACGUCUGCGGCGGGUUCGACCCGGACGCGCGCGCGUGCGACCUCAACGUCGUCGCGGAGUUGACGGAGGCGAUCAGGGAGUGGGGGAAGAUGCUCGCGUUCACGUCCGAGAUGCCUCUGCCGCUUCCGCUGCGGUGCGACGACGUCGCGAACGGGCUGCGCGUCGCGUUCGUAACCUUCGCCGACGACGAGCUCCAAGAAGUCGGCGCGCUGUGCAUCACCGUGGAGAAGACUAGUACAAGUAAAAGACCCGCCGGCGAAGAAGAAGGAGAAGAAGAAAGAGGAGAAGGAGACGGCGGCGCGGCGAGCGAUGGCGUCGAGGUGAAGGUGCGAAGGACGUGGUCGGAGAAGGCGUCGGGCGCCGACGGCGGCAGGGGGGGAUUCCGAUUUCGCGGCGGCCCCGGCGACGCGCUCCCCGGCGAGGGACGCGUCCUCGCGUGCUUCGCGGAGGAGUUCAACUUUCUCGUCGUGGACGAUAACUUAUCCGGGGGGAAGAAGAACGCGGGGGGUAAGAGCGCGAACGACGAUCGAGGGUGGUUCGGGAACAUCGUGUCGAGCGUGUCGUCGUUCGCGCUGCCCGUGUUGCCCAUGUUGGGAGGCGGGAAGGUGGCCCCCGGGGGGAGCUACGACGGGUACCGGAUCAACCGAUCGGGGAGCGGCGAGUUCGGGAGCGUCGACGACGACGCGGGCGAUGGACUCUAG